UGUACUCGUCGUACCCGCCGAGAACCCGUCGCCGCCGACGACGAGAGCAACAGCAGCAGCAGCAGUCAUGGCCGCCACCUGACCGCAACCCCACUGCGCGCGCGUACGGUACAGUGGAAGAAAAACGCGAGAAAAUCGGCUCGGCAUUUUUAUUUUAUUUAUUUAUUUAUUAUUAUUAUUUUUUUUUUUUUUUUUUCAUACCAUUUUAGAUUUUCCGUUCAUCUGUGUGUGUGUGUGUCCCUCUACUUCUCUCUCUGUCUAUCUAUCUGUCUCCGUCUCUCUUUCGUUCCCGGGACGCGAUUUUUUCGAAAACGAAUCGCUGCUCCGUCGUCGUCGUCGUCGUGUCGUCCACCGCUGGCGCCGACACUACAACAUUCAGUAUCGUCUGCUUACGCGUGUGCGACUGUUCGCCGCCGCCGUCGUCGUCCGUCGCGUGAAAUUGGUUCGCCCGCUCGCGCUCGCACUUCGGUGUCCGGCCUGUCCUACCGCGGCACACUCACGCUUGCAGCCCGCUGCACCGGAUAUAUGGAUUAACCUCGCGUGUAUAAUAAUAAACGUGAAUUUUUCGAGCGUAUUUUUCUAUUAAGUGUUGUGAUCAAAAUUUGAUACACGUAACAAGAUAGUUUUAAAAAUUAUUUACAUGAAUCAUAGUAAACAUGUCACAAAACAAUGGACAAUCACAGAGGUUUUGCCUCCGAUGGAACAACCAUCAAUCCAACUUGCUUGCUGUUUUCGAUCAACUAUUGACGAGCGAGGCCUUUGUAGAUGUGACAUUAGCUGUCGAAGGUCAAAUGCUUCGUGCUCACAAAAUGGUUCUCUCAGCAUGCAGUCCUUACUUUCAGACACUUUUUGUUGGACACCCUGAUAGACAUCCAAUUGUAAUACUCAAAGAUGUUCCACUAGUUGACAUGAGAUCUUUAUUAGACUUUAUGUACAGAGGCGAGGUUAGUGUUGAUCAAGAUAGAUUGGCUGCUUUUCUUAAAGUAGCAGAAUCAUUGCGAAUCAAAGGUUUAACUGAGGUCAAUGAAGAUCGUGGAGACUUACCCUCGUUAGCUUCUUCUCUCCUUCAGUCUCACUCAUCAUCUCCAUCUUCUUCACCAGUACACAACAACCAAAUGGCUCACGUGCCUCAACUUCAACGCAUACAUAACCAUAGUCCUUUACCUAUGAAAAGGCCAUUGCCAUCUCAUCCGCUUCACGAUCAACAGCGUCAACAUUUGUCAUACCCAAUGAACCCACUAUUAGGAUCUGCUUUGACUGCACCAAAAAGGAAACGUGGACGCCCCAGGAAAUUAUCUACAGGGAGUAACUCACCUUCACGGCCAAACGACAAUAAUAAUGAUGAUAGUAGAGCAUCCACACCAGUUGGUACAAGCGCAGGAAGCGGCCGUGAUCCACCAGAUUUAUUAGAAUUGAACAUGUCUGAAGAAUCAGAAUCUGCUGCAGCUGCACCUAGACAUUUGGAUUCUCCAAGCCAAGAUGAUGUGCCUGAUCAUGAAGACAUGGAAGAAGAGUAUACAGAAAAUGGAAUGGAAAUAAAACAAGAGCCUAUUGAUCCAGUUCCAGGAACAUCCCAAGAUUUAAGUACAGUGAAAAAAGAAUAUGACACUCAUUCUACUAGUAUGCAGUUAGACCAAAGCGCAUGUGACAUGCACAAUGCCAACAUGCUGAAGUUACUGUCUUCGCGGACCGACCACGACCACCACCAUCACCUCCACCAGGCGGCGGACGGCGGCGACCGGGACAACAACAACGACGCGCGCCUGACGCUGGCGGCCAGCUGGUCGGUUAUGGCGGCCGAUCAAAAGUCCAAGUUCUCGUUGGCCGUGUCCCAGCACACGUCCGGCUACAAGCAACAGCUCCAGGCGGCCCUGGACGAGGAGAAGCGACAGAUGCAAGAGUCGCAGCAACUCCACCAGCAGCAGCAGCAACAGCAACAUCAUCAGCAGCAGCAACAGCAGCAGCAGCAACAGCAGCAACAACAGCAACAGGCCGCCGCAGCAGCAGCAGCCGCGUCGCUGAGGACGCCCGUCAAGCGGCGCAUCCGGCGGCGGGCCACGUCGUCCAGCGACCCGGCCGAGCAGCUCACCGAAAUGUCGGUCCGCGGCCUGAACCUGUUCCGGUACGCCACCGUUUCCGAGGGCAUCUACAAGUGUCUGGAGUGCGCCAAGACGGACAUACUGAAGACGUUCAAGAACAAGUACAGCUUCCAGCGGCACGCGUUCCUCUACCACGAGGGCCACCAGCGCAAGGUGUUCCCGUGUCCGGUGUGCGCCAAAGAGUUCUCGCGACCCGACAAGAUGAAGAACCACAUGAAGACCGUGCACGAGUGCUACAUGCCAAAGGCCAUUGACUUCCCGCAGGUGCCGUUCCUAUUGCCGCCAUGAGAUCGCCUCCACCGUCGUCGUCGUCCACGUGCGCCGUCGCCGUCGGUGUGAGUACACCCACGCCGAACACACACAUACACACACACACACACACACACACACACACCCACACACACGCGUCUGCGGUGAAUGAGCGCCGAAUUUGGGGGGAGCGGGGGCGAUCGAGCGAGACACCUACGCUAAUGCCACACUUUAGCGAAGCGCCCUGCCAAAUAUUGAUAUAAAUCGUAAUAAAUUUCUACGUACACGUUUUUUUUUCUCCGCAAAGGUUUGGCAUUUAUUAUA